CGAACCCAGGUGCAUCUAUAUACAAGUCGGGGCGGCCAAGCAGCGAGCGGUCCGCCAGUCAGGCAAGACCGGGACCAAGACACGAGCAGAGAAGAGAAGAGCAGGAGAUGAUCGAGUGAGGCUUGAGAUGAUCAAUAGGAGCAUCAUGGCAGCAUCCACAUCUUGGUCGCUCUCCUCUCUGAUGUUUGUGCGGUAUCUUAGGACUCAUGUAGCUUGCCGCUUACCGAGGAGAGUCACCGUUGGGCCCCAGGGAGAGGCUUCGGCGAGAGUUGCAUUGCCGCUAUCGGAGAAGGAGUUGCAGGCGAUAGCGCAAGAGCAGUUGGUGAAAGACGAGGUUCCGGAGACUCCCAAGAAAAGGCGCCCCACCAGAAUCUCGGCACUGAAGGACGAACCGGAGAAAGAGAAAAAAGGAAAGCCCAAGAAGAAGGAGCCGCCACAGCCCGUCACAGAGGAGAAUCAGUUCCAGCGCCUUGCCGAGACCGUCACUCCACUCUGUGAGGUUCCAUACGUGAAGCAGCUGAAGAUCAAGGAGCGUUACUGUCGGUCUGUCCUGCAGCAGCUGGGCCAGGAGCUGAACAAGGUACGGGCACCACUAGAGAGGACCGCCAAUAAGCUGCCGUGCGUCCUGGAACCCAUCAGACACUCACCGGAGUUGGUGGCGUACCGUAACAAGGAUGAGUUUGGAGUGUACUCGGGUGUGGAUGGCAACCCCAAGACUGUCGGGUUCUUCAUCGGGCGGCCGAGGGAGUCCAACCUGGUGUGCGUUCCCCCAAGUCGUCUCACCAAUGUUAAGGAGUCACACAAGUUGGUCGCCGAGAGCUUCCAGUCCUUCAUCCGCCAGUCCCCCCAUGAGGCCUGCCACAACUUCCAGCGCGGCGGCCUGUGGAGGAGCAUGGUCGUGCGCUCCACCACCGCCGGGGAGAGGAUGGCGGCUGUUAUCAUCCAUCCGCAUAACCUGACCGAGGAAGGAAUACAGGAGGUCAUGGAAGAGUUGAGGACCUACUUUUUUGAAGGGGAAGGGGCAGAGUGCGAACUGGACUCCCUCUACUUGCAAGCAUGCCCACACACGCGAUGCACUCGGGAACAGGCGCCGUACAGACUCAUAGCCGGCAAGGAGUACAUCACCGAGACCUGCCUGGACCUCACCUUCCAGAUAUCGCCUGACUCAUUCUUCCAGAUCAAUACCAGAGGGGCUGAGGUUCUCUACAACACCAUCAAGGAAGUUGCGGAAGUGUCCCCCAUCACCACCCUGCUUGACGUUUGCUGCGGCACAGGUACGAUCAGCCUGGCUAUGGCACCCGCUGUCCGAGGCACCAUUGGCAUCGAUGUCGUCACUGGGGCCGUGGAAGAUGCUCGGAAGAACGCCCAGCGGAACAACAUCGAGAACAGUGUCUUCAUGGCUGGGAAGGCUGAGGAGGUGCUGCCGCGGCUGACCAAGGAGUUAAACCAGUGUGCGGACGUGGUCGCUGUCGUCAACCCCGCCAGACAGGGCUUACACCGAGACGUGAUUCGCUCCCUCCGCCGGUGUGAGGCCAUCCAGAAGCUGAUCUACGUGAGCUGCAAGCCCGACGGUGAUGCCAUGAAGAACUUUGUCCACCUUGGCACCCCUCACAAGGCUACAACAGGCAAGAGGACGGUGCCGUUCUUGCCCAAGUAUGCCGUGCCCAUCGACAUGUUCCCCCACACCAAUCACACGGAGCUGGUCAUGCUGUUUGAGCGCGUAUAAGUGUUGUUUGUACCCCCCUUGUGGUCCCUUGUACUGACUUUUCUCUCCUGGAACGGUGGUUAGAACGCCCUUUUUCAUUUCCUGUUCCCCAUUAUCUAUCACACACAGCAAACCCUGAGCUGUUGGAGGAUAGGGACCUGGGUCAUCCAAGAAUCGAAAGGCUCUCAUUAAAUCCAUGGUGCAGCAGGAGCCUUGUCAAACCAUCACUAGGCUUGUAAAACUAUCCAUGGAAAUACCCACAACUCCUAGGAAAGCCUUAUCAAACAUGGGUGUGUGUGUAAGCUCUGAAAUUGUACUGACUUCUCUCUCCUGGAACAGUGGUUAGAAUGCCCUUUUCGUUUUCUGUUCCCCCAUAUCAGUCAAUGGAGAAUGGGAACUUGGGUCAUCCAUGAAUCUAAGGCUUUCAUUAAGUCCAUGGUGCAGCAGAAGCCUUGUCGAACCAUCACCA